CUUUUCUUUUCUUUUGUUUUGUUGUCUUUUUUUAGUCUUUUGAAAGACAACUUUAUUUUGACGACAGCACGAACCGAAAGCCCAACCAAAGAAAGAGGGUCAGGUGGUUCGGCGACACUUUUGGCCGCCAUAUAUAUAAUUUCGCCUGUUUGCGCCAUCGUUGACGGCAUCUUCGGUCAAGCGUGCCACCAUCUAUCUACUGUACCUAUUUUGCUCCCCCGUGGUUCACCUCAAGUGCCAUUUCGACAGAUCGAUCUAUUAUUCUUUCUAUCCCUUUCGUCCACCCAGCGCUUGCGUUUCUGAAACCUCUAGUCAAACAACCGACCGAAAUCUAGCAUACACUUAGCUUCCUUCACACUUUCGUCAGAUGCCGGGUACUGUCUGACUGGCAGAUGGGUAUUAGCUGCCCCGAAAACCCCAUUUGGGCCGAAUAUAUGAGGGGAGUUUAAUUGGCAAAGGUUACUUGGCUGUGCGAUGAAAAUUUUAUCUGAUAACUUCCACGCGGUGAACAAACGCAAGCCAGCCUGCCUCCAUAUGUGGGUGGCAUAAUGGGAUGUAAUACGGAUACUGCGACAAAAGUUUCCCUUCGGUAGCGCAUUAAAGGCACUCAAUGAAAGCCGUGACCAUGCACAAAAUUCCUCAUUCCUGCCUAUUCCCCAGCUAAACUGGGUGGGUGGUUGUCUGGAAGUCCCGUCCGCCGUGGAAUAGGGGCGCGAGAAGCAGCGCGAGGCCGAUAGUUCGUUCGCCACUAACUACCGAUAUGUCCUUUAUCCCACUCACAGGGCAAUUUAUUGUGGUCCACUACACCACCGAGAUGUUGGCAUGUUGAAUGGAAGUAACGCCUAGACGCAGGUAAUAGGCUUCGCAGCACAGCUGGAAUCAUAGCAGCCCCUGUGGCAUACUUGUUGGAUUGCGUCAAACUUAGCAAAGUCAAACUCGGUAUGAGGGGAGUUGAUGGGUACCCAAGGCGCACAUCAACACCAUGUAGCAGGAUUGAACAUCCAACGGCCAUUCUUCCUUCCACCCACCUCUCGUCUCCAUUCCGUGCAAAUUCCUUUUUGAUGGAUGAACUCCGUCGCCUGGCCUAAGGUAUCUCUCUCACACUGAUGCCAACCUAUGAUCCCUUGUCAGGGAGGGGUUCUCUAGGAGACUCGCGAAUCGAUGUUUGCAUUUCCUACAUCCCAAGGAGGGACCAUUCACACGCCCUCGGAUUCCUCCGUCUCCUCUGAAGGAACUAAAUGGAAAUGAAAAUUUGAUCUUUCGUGCGCUUAGUUCCUAAGACUCCUAAUUGCCACAAGGGCUCUGAAAAUGUUAUUUUCAUCGCGUUGCAUCCACAUGUUUUGGGUUGAAAUGUCUGUUGCUAUUCAUCUGAGUCUAUGCAUGCACCUCUAUCCGCUGACUUGUUGGGAAAUAAAUAGGCAUGGAUACGUUUGAGCAACUUACCAGCUACAUGCGAUCAAUCAAUUCACCGCGUAGCAUAAAGGUAGGUGUAUGAUAGAUUUCGCCGGAAGCUUGUGUAGCUUUGCAACAAGGAACACCUCCUGCAAUGUGUGGACACCGUUUCCUUGAGGUCUGGAAGCAAUUGCAGCGAUGGCUGUGGCCUGAUGAGUGUCAAGAUAUCUCGUGCAAGACGCGUAAACUCCAACCCGGCGUGAUCAAAUCUGUUCAAGUGCUGGAACAAGUUGAUCUCAUCGAGGGGCGGGAGAGGCGUCAGCAUUGCUUUUUUGCUUCUUUUUUUUUUCGGCAACUUGAAUGCAGACCUUUCGGAGUGGCGUAUCCAUCCGCUCUUAUAUCUAAGCCAGCAAGCAACAGAACAGAAUGAUGACAAUGUAUUUGAGGGGAGGCGACAAUCUCUCAUCCCACGCAAGCUAAAACGGUGGAGGCAGCGCCCCCCGGUAGCCAAGUUUUGUACGUAUUUUGAAUAUCUUAGCCAUUUUAUAAAUACUUUUUUUGAUCAUGAGUGGAAGUGACUGUUUUUUCAAUUGCUUGACACUAAACCAGCUUUAUGAAAAACUAUCAAUGGAACAAUAGACCGA